AGAGUUCUUGAAUGUGACAUAACAAUUUUAGUCAAAUUUAGUCACACCUGUCACACCUGUUGUAUUAUCUCUUUGCGCGGGGAAAACCAAACGCAAGCGACGAAUUCAGAGAGAGGGUUACGGAAGGAACUACUCAAGGUGUGAAUAACUUUAAGAAAGAAAAUACUCAUUCGCCAAACCGACAAGGUAAUCUUAAAAAAAAAUAACAGUUUUCUUCAAUAAGGCCGCCAACGGAAUAGAACAAGGUAACUACCAACCUGGUAAGAUAACGCCAGACCAAUCCAAACAUCAACCGAGGAAAACGAUGAUAAAAUAUUAAUUUAUCCCGUAAACAGAGCAGACCAGGAAGAUGGUGACGAGAAUACCCAAUGUAACAAACCAACCACCAACCCAGGAACAUUUCUCAUACAGAGCAAUGCAACCAUUGACCCAGAGAGAUGAAAUUAUAAUGAAUUCAGACAACAGAAAUAAUGAACCGUCAACCCAGAAAGAAAAAACUAGAACACAGAUGUUUCUUGACUCGCAAUAUUAUAAAUAUGGAACGUUUUGUCUUCAGAUCUUUCUUUUCAUGGGAGUGGUGACUGCUAUUGUCCUAAGCCUGACGCCAUAUCAUUAUCUGCCUUCUGUAGAAUCACCUCCUUCACAGCAAGUGCAACCAAAUCCACCACUGCCUUUGAUAUCACAUCCUCCACAGUUUCACCAUGCCUUCUUCCACCUGAAAUCAACUGGUUACACAGAUUUAGAAGGAGUAACUUAUUUAUAUUGGAAGAAAGAUGAGAGCCAGAACGUAGGCGACUUUCAGUUAGUCGACGAAACUGACAUAUUUGUGCGACAAGAUGGUAUUUAUGAAAUAAGCUAUGCAGUACAGUUGCACAUACCAAAAGAUACCCUUCCAGCUAUUGUAACCCUGAUGUUUCAGAAAAAAAAUAAUGAAGAACAUUAUGUAUUUAUGAAGAAAAGUUGUAGUUCUUCAGAUAUGUCACAAUACACCAUACUACAAUCAUCGUUUACAUUCCAGCUUAAAACUAAUGAUACAAUCGUUUUGAAAAUGAACAAGGCUGGAUUCAUCAGUCGCAAUACACCAUCAGGCUAUUUGUCUAUAACCAGCUUACACAUAAAAACUCCCCAAUAAAAUGUUAGUGUUGGGUUUUAGACAUGGAUCAAGCUCCCUUUGUUUAUAAAACAUUAGAGAUUAUUUUCAUUCCUUCUUUUCUGUUGUCUGUUUUAAUCAUUGGUCAGUAGUUUUGUUGAAGCCCUUCUUUGGAGACUUUCAUUGGAUUAUAUAUUGUCUGCUACUUCUUCAGCCGUUCACAUAAGAUACGAAA